CGACGACGUUGAUCACCUUCUCGCCCAGCUUCUCGCCCACUUUCUCCCUGCAGAUCUGUCUCUCCUGCUCAUUGGCCAGGUUGACAACGUUGACCUUGAUGCUCCACACUUCCCAGGGAAUGCACUCGUCAGAAAAGGGCCAGCGAGACUUCUUCUUCUGGUAGAACUCCAGGGAGAUUUGCCCCAUGCCAUCGCUGCCGGAGUUGCUCAACGCAUCCUGUAAACAAAGCAUGUGAUGAAGUCGUGAAUUUAUAGGCCCUGCAGCAGUAUUACAGACAACAAUCACACGUUGAAACCACCAAUUACCUUGAAUUCAGACACAGCUUUCCGGAUCACUCUGUCCAGCUCCUCGGAGGACACCCUGACGAACGUGAAAUCGAUGAAGUCGCAGUCGAAGUCCAGUGUGCCCACGGUACCUAUGGAGUAGGUGCCCUCCUUUUUGUAGUGAAAUUUCCCGGAGCUGCGAUGCAGUAAAAUGGUGUGCAGCAAAGCCAGCAUCGCUUCUUCCACCUGCCUCGCCUCCACCGUUACUUCAAGAACCUCUGAGCGGCAAUUCAUAGCGAAAUGAUUGUUAUUUCCAUGUACAUGCGACAACUUGAGUUGGGUGACGAUGGCUGCUGUGUAGCAGCUUGAUCGCGUUAGGUGACAAAGAUAUACUUUGUUUACCUCUUCGGAUGGGCGGAGCCUAUCCCACACAUCGUAUUACAUUAUAUUAAAAACACGAUAGUAAUUUUCAGAAAGGCUAACCUACUUCCAAAUGUAUAAUGUGCGAACCGAUUACAUUAACAUAGAAACAAAGGCUAGCUAGCUAGCGUUACGUGUUUGCUACAAACGGGACAGGACGAUGUGGUAAUGAUGACAGCCAUCUACGGCAAGUCGCGAGGUUCGGUAGACUGUUUUUGGAGUCGUUUCCUCCUCAACUGCGUCUUUUUUAUGUGUCUAAUGUAUUUGUAAAAUCACAUUGCUUCUUGACAGCACACAACAGAGUUUAUAGAUACCAAAACUUGUCCUCAGUUUGUUCAUACGUUAGUUUCGCGCGACCAGCACACAACAAAAAACUCUCGCAAACUGUCGCUGUGCAUUCUGGGACUUACAGUUUGUGCCACAUAUCCGUUUAGAAACGGCAACUUUGUACAGUCAGGCUGAGCCGCAAAGCGAGUCCAGCGUGACAAAUGCACCCUUCUCUGCCAGGAUGUGUCCUCGGGACUCUUGUUCAACGUCUGGCUAUCGUUCGGUGGAAGUAAACCGCAGACUUUGGAAAUAAUUCAUAUUUGGGGAACUUUGGCGGCUCCAUAGCCAAUGACGAAUAGCUAGUUAAGCGAACCGUGGCGAAGAUUAGCUAACUGGGCUAACAACCGUAUUCAGCGAGAGGAGGAGAGCGCGUUUCUGCAGUUUAUUUGAAUCCAUAGACUACAUUUAACUCUUUUUACAAUGCUUUAGGUCUCUUUAACCAGCUCGAGUAGUUUGUGACAUCUCAUAUCGCUCGUUAAAGCUACUAUCGAGUCCUGCAGCAUGGAUCCCAAUAAGCACAACUUGUUCUGGGGGUUGAGAUCUGUGCUGCUGUCAGCUGUGAGCGAUCGCUUUCAUUGAUUUCGCCGGUCCUUGAUCAAAUACAGAGUAUGAGGUUGCCCGGAUAUUUCUCAGAGGAGGUGUGUUAAACUUUAAUCAUCGUUCUCAUCUGCAAAGAAUGUCCGACUUUGGAAGUUUCAGUUCAUAUUUCGGUUUGAAGGAUCCGCAGUGGCUAUGCUUGGUCACACUUUUCUUCGCGUCUCUGGUCACCCUGAUACUGUAUUUCGUACAGUAUUUCCAACAAAGGGGUGUAGGAAACAAGCGGACAGCAGCCGAGGACAAUGCGGCGAAGGAGGAAGCCGCGGCUCUGCUGGGAUGGGCGCUGUCACUGAGAAGCUGGAGAAGUCAGUGGAGAGGAGCUUGGUGCAGGGCUUUGAAUGAGCGAUCGAGGAAGAGUGGGGGUCCGCUUCUGUUGACGUUUGAAGAGGAUGACCUCGAGGCGUCGGAGCUCACGGUCAGCCAAGUGUCCAGCUUUCAGAAGUCUGCCGGAAACAAGGCCGCUCGCUGCAGUGUGGUCGGGGAGCAGCUUCAGUUCUCUCUCGGUGCAUCAACAACAGCCAUGGCUACAGCAGGUCCUUGUAAAUACACCGUCUGUAUAGCUCCACUGGAGCUGCAGCUUGACCUGCAGAUGCAAGAAGCUGCAGAUGUGGUCACGGUGAGCUGGGGAGUGUCUCACCUGGAGACGGGGGAGCUGCAGGUGAAGCCCACUUUCACCCAGGUCAACGCCAACACCUCCAGUGUGGCGGCCAUACAGGAGCAGUUGAGGCAGCUGCUGUGUGCGACGCGUCCCUCGGUGUUGCUGAGCUGCCGGCCUGCUCAGGCCUCAGAGGCCAAGGAAGCGGGCAACAACAUCCUUUCACCCCCAAAACCCCCCCGUGCCCACGACUGGAAGCUGCUGGUGAAGAACAUCCGAGUGACACUGAAUCAGGAGGAGGAUGCUGCAGGCAGCAUGAAUCCUGUGUGUGUAAUGCAGUUAGACGAUCCUCCACAGAGGCUGAACACCCCCGUGUUGAAGAACACAGCCAAUCCUGCCUGGGACCAGCCGUUCAUCUUUGAAUUGAACGGACGAUCAAAAGAGCUCAAUAUUCAGUUAAUGAAUGAUGGACAACCUCAAGAGAGUUCACUGCUCGGUCAGGUGUCAGUGCCUUUUGAUCUUGUAAAGAAGCAGCCCAAAGGACAGCAAACGUUUGCACUCAUGACCAAAGACGUAGUGACUGGAUCACUAACUACUGAUUUUACCUAUCUGGAGCCCAGUGAGGUGAGGUCCUGGCACCCUCCCACUCCAGCCUCCAAUAAGAGGGUGGAGAUGGACCGUACAGUCAUGCCCUGUGGCACGGUGGUCACCACCAUCACCGCGGUGAAGAGCAAGCCGGGUCGACUCCCCCCUCUCAGACUCAACAUAGAUCCGGCCCAGAAAGCGGUGGCCGUCAAGUCUAAGCUGUCGGAGCAGGCGUCUAUGAUGGGGGCCACAGUCAGCAAGGCCUUGUCCUCCUCCGAUACCGAGCUGCUGAUGCUCAAUGGCACCGACCCGGUGGCCGAGGCCGCCAUCAGGCAGCUCCACCAGUCCGCCAAGCAGAAGCUCAAGUCCCCGGUGAAGAAGAGUACAAUCAUCAUCUCUGGCAUCGCCAAAACGCCCUUGUCUCAGGAUGACGAGCUCGCUCUGAUGGCGGGCUACGCUGCAGCGAUGGACGCCUCCAUGUCAGAGGCCAGCUCCACUCAGGACGUGACCGCAGCGAUCGCGACAGGAUCCAGCAGCCCUCCAGACACGUCCGAGCCCCAGGAGGGCCCCAGUGGAAUAGGCCGGCCUCCGGAGGACUGGGAGAGCCAGACCGGAGAGGGGCUGGACAAUAGCUCGCUGUCUAUGUGCGUGUCCGAGGCAAGCUGCAAGAAGAGAAGAGAGGAAGGCAGUGCUGAGCACACGUUAUGUCCAGAUGAGCAGCUUCCUCCAGAAGAGCGCCAAGCUCUUCUUCCGGCGGCGUCACCAGCGCAAGGACCCAGGGAUGAGCCAGUCCCACAACGACCUGGUGUACCUGGAGUCUCCGGCCGCAGUGGAGCAGGCCAGCCGAACAGCCACGCUCAGCCGCAUGCUCAGCCGCAGGAGUAAGAACAAGAGCAAAGCCAACGGCGCUACCUCCAUGGGGGAGCCACGUGCGUGACCCCCUCAGUCCCUCCAACAAACAACUACUACCAUCACCACCUCCACCUCAAUCUUGCACUGGCAUUACUCCCCCUAACGCCCAGCCUGCAGCCGGCUCCUGCAUUGUGAAUGGGGAAAGCUGUACAGAUGGAAAAAAAAAAAUAUAUAUAUAUAUAUAUCCUCUUAAACUGCCGUUUCCUGCUUCCUUUAAGAGGCAGAUAUUCCACCAAAAGCAAGCGUGUGCAUGUGUGAAUGAAGGUCUCCUGUCUUGGAUUAAGGGUAUUUCAGAGGAUAUUGUUUUUGCUUGUUUCUUUUAUCUACUUUUAUGCAACGUUUUUGAAAUCUUUUAAGCGCUUUUGUGGCCUUUUCACCGACAGAAGGGGCAGAUGUGUGCUGUCACUCUUUACCUCACUGACACUGGGGGCGCAGAGUAAACUCUCCCUGCUGUAAUCCGUACGUUUCCUACGGUGGACCAACGGGACCGAAGAUAUCGGAAGAGUGGUGUUUGUAUGAUUUGCACAAUUCUAGUA